GAGGCGGCUCCAGGGGUCGCAGCAGGGAGGUGGGUGGGAAGGCGAGAUGGGCGGUGAAGAGGCCUGGCCCCGCGGAGGAGGCGGGCUGAGACUUGCCGGGGACGAGAAGGGGCCGGAAGGGGGUGGCCGCCGGUCCGGCCCCGCCCCGGGGCCGCCUCCUCGCGGGUUCCGUUGGCUGCGGCGGCAGCUGAGGCUCUGGCGGCAGUGGCCGCCGGGCGGGCGUAAGAUGGCGACAGCGGCGGCGGGAGCCCUGGGCCUGCUAUGGGGCUGGCUUUGGAGCGAACGCUUCUGGCUGCCUCAGAACGUGAGCUGGGCCGACUUUGAGGGGGCGGGCGACGGCUACGGCUACCCGCGGGCGCGGCACAUCCUCUCGGUGUUCCCACUGGCGGCGGGCAUAUUCUCCGUGCGGCUGCUCUUCGAGCGGUUUAUUGCCAAACCCUGUGCACUCCAUGUUGGCAUCCAGGAUAGUGGUCCUUAUCCCAAUGCCAUUCUUGAAAAGGUGUUCUUAUCUAUUACCAAGUAUCCUGAUGAGAAGAGGCUGGAGGGCCUGUCAAAGCAACUGGACUGGGAUGUCCGAAAGAUCCAAUGCUGGUUUCGUCAUCGGAGGAAUCAGGACAAGCCUCCAACCCUCACAAAGUUCUGUGAAAGCAUGUGGAGAUUCACUUUCUAUUUAUGUAUAUUCUGCUACGGAAUUAAUUUUCUCUGGUCGUCACCUUGGUUCUGGGACAUCCGGCAGUGCUGGCAUAGCUAUCCAUUUCAGCCUCUCACAAGUGGGCUUUAUUACUAUUAUAUCAUGGAACUGGCCUUUUAUUGGUCCCUUAUGUUUUCUCAGUUUAUAGACAUUAAACGAAAGGACUUCCUCAUCAUGUUUGUGCAUCACUUGGCCACCAUUGGGCUCAUCACCUUCUCCUACAUCAACAACAUGGUACGGGUGGGAACUCUGGUCAUGUGUUUACAUGAUGCCUCAGACUUCUUGCUGGAGGCAGCCAAACUGGCCAAUUAUGCCAAAUACCAGCGUCUCUGUGACACCCUUUUUGUGAUCUUCAGUGCUGUUUUUGUGGUCACUCGUCUAGGAAUCUACCCAUUCUGGAUUCUGAACACGACCUUCUUUGAGAGUUGGGAGAUAAUCGGGCCUUAUCCCUCCUGGUGGCUCUUCAAUGGCCUUCUCCUGAUCCUGCAGGUUCUACAUGUCAUCUGGUCCUACCUAAUUGUGCGGAUUGCUUUCAAAGCUUUGAUCCGAGGAAAGGUGUCUAAGGAUGACCGCAGUGAUGUGGAAAGCAGCUCAGAGGAAGAAGAUGUGGCUACCAACACAAGAAGCGCCUGUGGCAGCAGCUCCAGCAAUGGCGCCAAUCGGGUGAAUGGUCACAUGGGAAGCAGCUACUGGGCUGAAGAGUAAGGUGGUUGGUAUGGGGACUACAGCACACACGGACUCGUAGGGCCACUGGCCACCUGCUCCUCUUGGGCCUCCCCACUUCUACACGCAUGUGACUAGGGGGUCUGCAGGGCAUUGAGGAGAAUCAAAGAAGCAAAUAUUUUCACUUUAAAAAAAAAAAAACUCUGCCAUUUUGUAUUUAAUAGCCUCCAGGUUCUUUCAGUAAUGUUAUUUGCUGUGUGUGUGUCUGUGUGUGUGUGUGUGUGUGUGUGUGUGUGUGUGUGUGUACGCACCGUGCACGUGUAUGUGUGUGUGCAUAUGCGUUUGUGCAUGUGCACGGGUUUCAUUGCCUGGGUUGGGGCACAGUUCUAGACAGGAGCCACUAGGCCUUGCGCCCCCUUUGAACCCACCUCAAUCCCAGAUUUGGCUGCAUCUUGGAUAAUGUUGGCUCUGGACUGUCCCCUCCCUCGUUGUCCGUGGCUGUCGGAGCUCUGGCCAUCUGAACAGAACCAUAAAGUUCCGCUCCAGGUUCCUGCACUGUUACUCCUUGGAGCUGGAAUCUUUCACAUGAAGGUGUACAGAAACAGACAGCCAUGGACGGGACGCCCAAGACGUUUGUGGCCCCUAGCUAGAUUCCCUUCCUACCACCUGGUAGUCACAAGGACAGCCGCUGAUGCCCUGCUCUUUACUAAAUGGUACGCAGGGAGGGGGGGUGGCAGAGGGUGCGCGGAGGGCUGGAGGAGGACAAGAGCCACUGAGUGAGCCGUUAACGGUUUAUACUAUUGUUUACUCUUCUGUGAUUAAAAGUGCUUCAACCCUCCUCUCCUGUCUCAACCUCUUUAGUGACUCUGUCCCCAAUUCCCUGAAUCCAUAAGCUAAGUAAGAAAAUUUUCAGGUCUGAUUUGAAGGUUCUUGGACACCCAGUUGUUCCUUUCUGUGCAUGCUGGGGAAAGAAUGCCUAUGUUCUAUGGCUUUAUGUGUUAAGAAAAAAUAAACAUGCAUAGUAGUCGCAAAAAA